UCAUAACAAAAACAAUCAGUGAUUCACCGAGAUUCAGCUUGUUAUCGAUUUUUCCCGAUUUUCCCAAUUAUAAUUCCGCUUUUCUCGGAUUAAAGUAGCUUAAAAGUUCCCAGUUCUUAGCUGAGACACCGGUUGAAGAUGGCCUCCAUGUUCGACCAGUACUCGUCGGCCCUGAUCCGGGAGAACACGACGGAACCGGCGGAUGCACCGAGUCGGGCGGUACCUCAAACUUCCGGCUACGUCAGCAUCCGGACCAAGCGGGAGGUGCCGAUCUUCGCGAAGCAGAAGAUGAAUCUGAAUUUGCCUGCGGGGAUUCUGUAUCUGUCGGUUCAGAACGAUUGGGUAAUUAUAUUGAUGACGAAUUUAACGGUGCUCAGGAUGAACAUCAAGCAGCCGGAUAAAUUUACCGAGGUUCCUUUGGAUAAACAUGUGGGGGGACUGAAGCCGAACAAUUUGUUCCUGGACCCAUUGGGUGCGCAUCUGUUUGUGACGUUUGCGCCCAAGUCCCCAGGGUUUACACCGGAGGUGCUGUAUCUACAGCGGAAUAGCUUCAAGCCGAGAUUUAUCUCGAAGCUGAAAGAUCAAGAUAUAACUGCCUUAGGGUUUAACUACUCGAAUACAUCUGAAAGCAUGACCGGGCCGAUUUUACUGGGGACUAGCAAGGGAACCAUUUGGGAAGCUGAAAUUGGAAUUGAGGGUGGCGAUAAGUUGGUGCAGCAGGUCGUUCGGCAGGUUUUCGAUGUUAGUUCUGCUGGGGAGAGUCGACCGAUAACGGGGAUCGAAUUUCACAUGAGACAGGAGCAGAGAAAUUUGCACUGCAUAAUUUUGGUUUUAACGCUGGAUCGGAUUUACACGUUUCACGAAACGAUUCGGCAGGCGGAUUCGAAGAUGACCACGGGAAUAUUGCAGCGAGUGUUCAAUUCUUACUUGAAUAUCCCGGAGCAGCUGAACGAUUUCGAGCAUGUCGAUAGUAAGCUGAACUACUCGAAGCUAGCUUUUAACUACGAGGAAGAUUUUCCUAAGAGUUUUGGAUGUUUAACUGAAGAUGGAAUAAACUUCCAGGAGAUCGAUCCUAAAAUGGACACGCCACAGUUUGUGGUACAGAAGGAGUUGAUUCCGUAUCCGGAACAGGAUGAUGCCCAGCAGAUGCCGGAAAACUCCUAUAAGGUGAAGCAAAAAACCAACACACCGUUGACAUUUUCGUUAACCGAUUUCCAUGCAAUUUUACUGUACGUGGAUCACGUGACAGCGAUUUCGCUUUUAAACUAUCAAGUUGUCUACGAGGAAUAUUUCGUGGAGCAGUACGGAAGGCUUGCGAAUGUGAUCAAAGAUGUGCGGUCCAAUGUUACGUACGUUUACAGCAAUAAAAUGAUUUUCCGUUAUAAGAUUAACAAUGAGCAGCGAAACGCUUGGCGUCUUUACGCGGAUCGACAAAAGUUCGACCUGGCGUUGCGAUACUGUAACGACAAUCCGGCCCAUCGGGAUAUCGUUUUGGUAAAGCAGGCUCAGUCGUUUUUUGAUCUCGGAGACUUCCAGGAAGCAGCUCGCAUCUACUCCAAUACUCAGCUAAGUUUCGAAGAGGUUUGUUUGAAAUUUUUGCAGCGCAAUCAAAACGAUGCCUUGAUGCUGUAUUUGACAAAUAGGUUGAUCAAAUUAAAGCCACAAGAGAAGACUCAGAUUACGAUGUUGAUCGUUUGGAUGGUGGAACUGUAUCUGAUCGAGAUUUCACGAUGUUCCGGGGAAAACGUCGAGAGGGAACGCAAAUUGCAAAAGGAGUUUGAUGCUUUCAUGCAAACAGCAGUCGUGGUCGAUUGUAUGAAGAAAAAUCGAUCGGUCAUCUACGAUUUGAUGGCUUCCCAUGGGGAUAGUCACAAUUUAACAGCUCUGACAACGAUCCAUCAGGACUACGAAAGCGUGCUGCAACAGUACGUCAAUCAGAAUCGAUUCGAAGACGCCUUGUCCGUCUUAAGAGCCCUUAGUCAGCAAGAUCUGAUUUACAAAUACGCCCCCAUUCUAAUGGAACAAUUACCCGGAGAAACGAUAGGAGUUUUGAUCACUCAAGGCAAGCGCUUGGACCCCAUCAAAUUGAUCCCGUCACUGCUUUGUUUAGACACUCCAAGACAUGUGACCGAAGUAGUAAAAUAUCUAGAAUUCUGCAUCCACUCGACCGGUUGCUCAGAACAAGCCAUCCACAACUUUUUGAUUCAACUCUACAGCCAACAUUUCCAGGAAAAGCUUCUAACGUUCCUGGAAACCCAGGGCAAAGACAUCACCAUGAUCAGCUAUGACGCUCACUACGCCCUUCGAAUCUGUCUAAAACUCCAAAUCAAAGACGCUAGCGUCUUUCUGCAGGGCUUGCUAGAAAUGUGGGUCCCAGCAGUGGAGCUAGCCCUCUCCUUCGACAUCCAGCUGGCCAAAGCAACCGCAUCGCAAUCCAGCGAUCCAACCAUCCGCAAAAAGCUAUGGCUCAUCAUCGCCCAGCAUGAAAUCCGAGGCAAACACGAAAACGUCCAAGAAGCGCUCAAAAUCCUCAAAGAGUGCGAACUGCUCCGGAUCGAAGACCUUCUCCCGUACUUCUCCGAUUUCCAAAAGAUCGACCACUUCAAGGAGGCGAUCUGCGAAUCGCUCAAGGAGUACAACAUCAAAAUCCAGGAACAACGCAAGGACAUGGAAGACUCGGCCAAAUCGGCCGAACGCGUUCGCUCCGAGCUGCAAACAUUCCGGAACCGGUCCGUUACCGUGGGAGCCCAGGAACAGUGCGCCGUCUGCGGCGUUUAUUUGCUGUUGAAACCGUUCUUCAUCUUUCAUUGUGGCCACAAAUUUCAUGGCGACUGUCUGGAACGGCAACUUUUGCCGCAGUUGAAUCCCGAAGUGGUUGGACAUCUGAUGUCGCUGAAGCAGCAGCUGACGGUGGCCCAGAAUCAACCGUUGGACGGUGGCAGCCAAACGGCUGCGGAUACCAUCUCCAGCAGCAAGGAGCAUCUGAAAACGCAAAUCGAAGACAUUCUGGCAUCGGACUGUCUGUACUGUGGGGAGGUGAUGAUUCAAACCGUGGAUCGACCGUUCAUCGAAAACUGGGACCGGGUGGAUAGCGAUUGGCAGUGAGGAACCUUAGGCAUUAUCGAAAGCUAUACUGUGCAUAUUUAAUCCAAAUGGUAUUGUUAUAAAAUUUUUUGAUUCCGUAACUCAAA